GCAGCCAUGGCGGAGAAAGCAGUCACCAUCAGGACCAGGAAGUUCAUGACCAACAGGCUUCUCUCCAGGAAGCAGUUUGUUAUUGAUGUUCUUCACCCAGGAAGAGCUAAUGUCUCAAAGGCUGAGCUCAAGGAGAAGUUGGCAAGGAUGUACGAGGUUAAGGACCCAAAUGCAAUCUUUGUUUUCAAAUUCAGAACCCACUUUGGAGGUGGUAAAUCUUCUGGAUUUGGUUUGAUCUAUGACAAUGUCGAGAGUGCCAAGAAGUUUGAGCCCAAGUACAGGCUGAUCAGGAACGGACUUGACACCAAGAUUGAGAAAUCAAGGAAACAGAUUAAGGAGAGGAAGAACAGGGCUAAGAAAAUCCGUGGUGUUAAGAAGACCAAGGCUGGUGACCCCAAGAAGAAGUGAGGAGUUGUUGAAGAGCGCAGAGGAUCGUUAUGGGUUUGUUCUGCAUCUUCCCUUGUUUAUGGCCAUGUUUUGCUUCUCAUUGUCACACUCGUGUUCUUUCUUCGUUUGGAUUAUGCUUUGAGCGUUAGAGAAACCAUGUGCUAAGAUUUUGUUGAAUACAUUUUAUUUUAAACAUCUUCUCUUUUUGCUUUCUCUUCAAAAUCCUUUGAUAACUACGAUACUAGCGUAAUUUCAGCCAUAGUAGCGUUAAGUAAUAUUUGGUUACAUAAUAGU